AUGGAGGAUCCAUUUGUCGAUGAUCAAUGUGAUAUCAUGGACUAUUUUGAUGAAGAUUUCACUGCUGGACUUGGAGAAGAUCCGGAAAGCAAUUUGUCUGCUGUUUCAGUCAUGGAAGCUCCUCCAAUCAGUAUUGAAAUCCCAGCACCACAGCAGAGUUCUAAUCGCUGUAACUCGGCAGCCACCCUUGAAAACAUGCCAAAUCAUCAUAAUCAGCCAAUCAUCCUUACUUUUGGGAAUCCAAGCACGCCAGAAAUAAAUCCUCAACCAUUAAAUCUAGAGGAUGAUAGAGUCGUGCCUGAGGUUUUGACAUCCCAUGAUUCAUGUCACAUUUUAGCAGAAAGAAAGCGCCGCGAGCAGCUCAGCCAGGGAUUUGUAGCUCUAUCGGCCAUUGUUCCCGGCCUCAAGAAGAUGGAUAAAACUUCUGUUCUUGGAGAUGCUAUCAUUUACUUGAAACAUCUUCAGGAAAGAGUGAAGACGCUCGAGGAGCAAGUUGCGCAACAAACCAUGCAAUCUGUCGUUCUUGUGAAGAGAUCACAGCUUUUAGUUGAAGAUGAAGGAUCUUCUGAUGAUACGGGCGGCCCUGAUGAGCAGCCACUCCCGGAAAUAGAGGCAAAAAUGUGCAAUAGGAACAUUCUUCUCAGGAUUCACUGCGAAAAGCAUAAAGGGGUUCUGGUUCAAAUUCUUUCCGAGGUAGAGAAACACAAUCUUGCUGUCAUGAACACGUGCGUGGCUCCGUUCGGAAAUUUGGCUCUUGAUAUUACCAUAAUUACUGAGAUGGAAAAAGAAUUCAGCCUGACGAUACAAGAAUUAGUUAAAAUUCUUGGAUCCGCUCUCCAUCGGGGGACGGUGGCCGAUUAAGAGCCCCCGGUUGGACCGCCAAGAGAACUGUUCCAUAUCCUAUGGGGUACGGAAUUCCUGAUAAGAAGUUUAUAUAAAGAAUUCCUGAUAUAGAGUAUGGACCCCAAGAA